UUGACACUUUCUCUCUAUUCGAAAAGUUGGGGGCACGUUCUCCCAGGUUCCUGCGUCGCUAAGGAGGAGGGAAACAGCAAGAAAUAGAAACUUUUCUACCAAAUAUAUUCAUAGUUUUCCUUAGAGACACAUACGUAAAGUACUUUCAAGGAUUGGAGAUUUGCUAGUUUGCGCAUGCAGUUCGUGCCUGGCCGUACGGAGAUAGACAUGCCCUUGCACGAAACAUUGUCCGUACAGAGAUAGGCAUACCCUUGCACGAUCGAACGAUAGCUGCACUGAAGCACUAACGUUUACCUAGGACUUGCUGUUUUAAAAUCAAAAGUGCUGGUUGGAAACUUACAGAAAACAGAAAAAUGAGCUAUGCAAUGAAGUUGUGAAGAAUUAAUUGUGCCAGAAUCAUUUGUACUUUUUGGAUUUAUGCUCUAACUAAAGAAUGCUUCAGAAUUGAAAAUUAUAACAAAUUUGCUGAAAAUGCACGUUGCGGCUUGCCCAAAACAAUGGGCGUUGCGGUUGCGUAAAAGCUGUAGUCUUAUGUCCAAGCUCUUUUCCACAUGGUUCAAAAACUUCAAACGAGAGUGUCGAUUAUUUUGGCGAAAAAUUACAAGCCUAGCAAAGCUGGAGGCUGCACUGCCCCUUUUCAGAUUUAGAUGGCCCUGAAAUUCUGGCGGGGUUUUCUAAAAACGUCGAUACUUAACAGGGUGCCUGGAGGCAUUGCCAACAUAGUCCCCUAUCUAACUGGGGGUGCAAAAAGUGGCGCUAAAGAUACAUAGACUAAGGGAAAAUAGUGAUUGGAAAAGGAUUUCAGAAAUAUUUUUUAAGGAAGAUUAUGAUAAUUGUGUUCAGCUAAAGUUCGCAAAGCGCAAUGGUCACGAGACAAAUUGGAUAUUUUCUGGCUCUUUUGUUUUUAAUAUAAAAGAAACAAAUGAAUUCGGUAACAAAGUUUUUUAAGGCUAUGUAGGCUAUGUAGGUUAUGUAGGUAACAAUGGCAGGUUAUUUUCUUGACGCUUGAUUUGAAUAAAACAAUUCUCUGUUUACAAGGAAGUUUCCUCUGCUCUCAAAUUUCACAACGUUCUAAGUCCUCCUCUUUCGGUCCGCUGAAACCAUAUUUUUCCAAGAAUUGUAUGAAGCAGUUCGUUUAAAACACUAGUGAAAUUAAGUGGACUUUAGCAAGCUUGUUCAACAAACUUUAAAAAAAUGAGGAGCUGCUCUCAUGGUCGUCUGGAAAGUGCUCUCGAAAGAAACUCGUACAAAUUAAACGCGGUGAGUCAGUAACUUGCCUGGUAAAUCGGUAAAUCACUUCAUGGCUUAGGCCUAUUAUUGCUUGUGAGAUUUGAGUUGCGUUUGCAAUCUUAGUAUGGAACUUCGAACUCAGGUUUCCACUAGCCAGUUCGACGGUAAAGACGUGGUCUGGUACCCCGAUACGUAUAAUCUGGACGAAAUCGUAAACACAUUUAAGCUUCCUGUGCUUGUAAAAGUUGUGGACGGGUAUAUGAUAAAUGAAAUUGAAUGUCUCGAGAAUGGGACGAUAUUGAGUAUCCAUGGUGUCUGUAGUAUGGACAAGAUAAUUGCAACCGACUAUCGAGACACAGAACUCUACAUUCCCGUCAGUUGUGAAAAUACUGUUCGGCUGUCGGUGAAGGAUAACAGCACAUUCAAGUACGUGGCUGAUAUUUGCAAUGCAACUCCUGUUCUUCGAUAUGUCACAAACAUGCAUGAAUUUACACACCAGAAGCAGACAUAUCCCGAAGGCUCCGUGUUCUUGGUAAGAUCAGUUUCAAAAUGGAGUAAAGGCCUAAAUGUAACACAUUAUGGUCAGAAGGAACAGCGUUUAACAUUACCCUUCUCUAUUGUUGGAAACUUUAAAGAAGUACCAUCACCUUUAGAUGCAGUUACAAGUUACUUUAUAAAAGAUCUAGUCAAUAAUGAAUUUCCUAUAUUUGUUGAAUUUGAGUCGACUGAGGGUGGAAACACAACUUACGGCCCCCUAAUGGGCAAAGUAAAACUCAGAAAGCUUCUUACGUCAAACAUUGUAUAUGGAACAAAUUAUGAUGACGGGAAAAAGAAGCUCUUGACAUUUUCACGUAGCCUUGGUGUUCGGCUGCAAAUAGGCCGUGUUAUUGUAGAAGAUGACAGUAUGGGGGAGUACUCUACCAUAGCAGAGCCUGUGGAGGAGCCUAUUGAUGAAGAAGUACUACAAUACAUCCUGCACAUGAACCCAUACUAUGGUGACUACAACACUGCUGAUUACGCUGCUUUGAAAGCAACUGUGGAUGCUAUGAAGGGGGGAAAAACAGUCGAGUCAGACGCUAGAUCACAAGAAGAAAACAAUGUCUCGGACUGUAAAAAAGUGGACGCUCCUUCUGAAUGCCAGCUGGAGAAAAAUCUGCCAAAAGUGCCACCGCGGAUUCCCAAAAAACCAAGUAGUAUAAAAGUCGUUAAAAACGCUGGAAAAGGCCUUGCUGAUACAGGAUAUGGGAGCAUUACACAUAAGCAGGCAGUUGUUCAGAACAUGUACCAAGCCAUAGAUUCUAUGGUUCCCCCGGCUGUACCUCAGCGCUCCCCUCGUCUUAAUUGUGGAACAACAGAAGUAACGAGAGAGUUCCAAAGUCAAGAUGAACAUCCACCCAUGGGAACACAAGAGGGUAAUGAUGAAGAGGCAGUUUAUUCCCAUAUCGCUGAUGGUGACCAGGCCAUGAAUGCCAAACCUGCACUUUCUCGGAGAACUUCCACCCGAAGCAACUCUUCAACUGAUAGCUGGCAAGAAAAAGCGCUUGCUUUCAGCUUACCAUUGAAUACAGCAGCGAAAUUCUGUUACGGAGACGAGGCGGGGGGCACUAUAGAUAAAAACAGGCCUUUGCUUCCUCUUCCCUCUGAAAGGCAAGGAGGUUCAAGCCAGGACGAGGGGACAAACACUGAUCAAUAUAAUGCAGUUGAAGAGCUCUCUGAAUCUCAAACAAACUCACCGCGAAGGAGCCAGAUCAACUCUGAUUCGUGUGAUGUAAAGAGCACCCGUGCUGCAAGGCGAAAAAACAUGUACGAAGAUAUUGUCUUUCAUGUAGAGACAGAGCCGAAUAUCGAAGAAUCUGCUUUCGGUAGAAAAGAAACAGUCGAAGUGCCAUCUGCGGGUGUUUCCAGGUGCAAUGUGCCUGAAUUUUUAAAUGUCGGAGAAGAACAAAAAGUAGAGAAGAAGAUCAAAGAAGUUCAAGGCCUUUCAGAAGAGCACAAAAAAAUGGAAGUUAAUAAAGAUGAAAAGAAUGAGACUCUCGAUAUCGAGACACGCGAUUCUCAUCACUUGGAAGCCAGUAAAAAAUUUGACGUGAUAAGCAGUGAGGUAUUGGAAAAAAGUGUAAUUGGAAUCUGUGAGAUUCUCGAGAAGCUGUGCCUUGCUGAGUUCAAAGAGCUAUUCAUUGAUACACAAAUUGACGGAGAACUUCUUGGUGACAUUAACGAGGCAGACCUCGUUUCAGAUGUUGAAAUGAGCCUAUUUCAAGCACGCAAACUCUAUUUAUAUAUACGAGGCUGGCAGCUCGAUGAGGAGGUUAUGUCAUUUAAUGCAGAUGAGUCACAAAGUGACGGUGAAAUGGCACAUGAAGAUCCAGAAAAAUGGACUGUGAAGGAUGUCUUCGAGAGAAUGAAGUCGUUGAAGUUAAGCUCUUUUGCUGAAUUUUGUAGCGAACAACAAGUCAAUGGGACAUUGCUUACAAAGAUUCUUGACGAAGAAAUGCUAGAAAGUGUACGGAAAGAUCAUGGACUCACUGCUAUUGGUGCGGGCAAACAUUUCAUUGACUUGAUUGCAUGUGACAAGACCACUCUAAGCAUGGAGACUGUACAAAAAGUGGAUGGGAAAUCAAUCAGAUGGGGUGCUGAAUCGGAGAGCCUCAGUUGUGUUAUUACACGAAGCAUUUUGCCUAUUAUUGUGAAGAUCACAGAGGGGCUUAUGUUCGAUGAAGACGAGGGUUUGGAUGCGGACCAAGUCUUGAAAAUAUGUAGCGUGGAACAGAAAAUACGCUGCAUUAAAACCUUCGAUCAAGAGGGCCAGGGGUUGGAAAUUCCGUCGUGGGACAAAAUCAAGGUGAAGUUGACGACCACCCCUGACGAGAUAUAUCGUACCGUGAGAGAUCUUUAUGCUGCCGAGCGUUUACCGCGUUUCAUCGAAAAUCAAAGGGAUUUUACAAUGUACAGUCAAAAAUUCAAUGCUGGGACUGUAUUUCAAGUUAUAAAAUUCAAUGACGACCAGAAUUUGUCAGUUAUCGUAAUUGGGAGCAGAAAAUUGCGCAUCUUAUUGCUUGCAUCAGUUCGUGGAGAUUUCAAAGCAACUGUGAAUCCUGAGGAGAAAGACACGGAAUUCUUUCUCAGGGAUUUAAGGGACAAGCAACUUCCGAUAUGGGUAGAACUUUUACCUCUUGACAACGAAGAAGAGGAUUUGAAUUUUGAAUCAAACAGGAUAGCUUGUAUUGAAAAGAUGCAUGUUGAAGACAUUGUUCAUGCUUUUAAUUACAUUGGCGAAGAAAAAUACCAAUGGGUCGAGAAAGAAGAACCUGUGUAUGUAACAAUGACUAGUCCAAAACAUGGGCCUGAUCUUCAGACAGAAAGUACGGAAGACCUGAAUUGUGGUGACAGUGGUGGGAAGAUUUCAUCGCCUGUAUUUGAUUGGGGCAAAAAGUGGCAUCAGAUAGUGCAUGCCUCAUCUCCAAACCCAUACAAAUUGGAGCCAUCAUCGCUGCUUCGAAGCAAACAAAUCAUUGAUAGAGAUAAAGAUGAGCACGUGUAUGAUACGCCAAGAUUCAAUGUUCCUGCAAACCCAGACAAAAAUACCUUAUCCGUACAUCUGGCAGAUUAUGAAACUAUUAACAGUAAAGAUUGUACAACUAAAGCCUUGCGUCCUGCAUCCUUAGGCCGGAUACCUACAACCACCUUCAGCGAGGGAAGUUGCUUAUUUGAAAAUUCCACAAUCUCUCCUAUACAGUCACCAGUCUGUGAAACCACAAAAGUGGACCCAGCAAUUCGCAACUCAAGUAUAGAGGAUGUAAGCAGAAUUUUGAAUCGUCUUCAUUUAGAGAAAUUUGCAGAUGCAUUUAGAAACGAACAGAUCAACGGGCAACUUCUCCUCCACAUAAGCGAAGCAGACAUGGUUACAGACCUCAAUUUGACCCGGUUCCAAGCAAGGAAACUGCGACAGUAUCUUAUUGGUUGGAAACCUGACGUAGAAGUAUCAACACAAAAAACCCCAACAGACGUUAAUGCCAACCAUAUUGGAGAUUUUCCUUCAAAAUGGACAGAAGAAGAGGUCACCGAAAGAUUGCAAGCCAUAAAAUUGUACUCUUUGGGAGAGUUCUGCAGAGAAAACCAAGUCAAUGGAGCAUUGCUAAUGAAAAUGAUCGACAGCGAGAUACUGGACAGUUUACGAUCAGACCAUGGCGUAACACUUACUGGCUUUCAAGAAAAAAAACUGUACGCAUAUGUCAAAGAGGACUGGCGACCAGACAUGCAAAUAUGACGUCAAGCAUUCCAUUAAAAAUGCAGUCAGUGCGACACAAGCAAUGGCUAUAUCAGUAAUUUGACUGUUUAGUCAAGAAAAUAUUGAGCAUAGCAUAAUUCAAAUUCAAUUGAGUAACUACAAGUGGAAAUCAUAAAAACCAUUGCAUUUUCUAAGGGACUCUACCUAAGGGAUCAAUACUUUUUCUUUUAACAGAGGAAAACAAAGCAACAUCACCAGAGCUGGAGGGGUUUUUAUUCCUAGUUAGUGCCGCAUUGUGGUAUCGUCGUAUAACUUUUAGUGUACCACAAGGUUCUGUACUGAGUCCAUUACUUUUUCUUAUUUGCAUUAAUGAUCUUAAAUAUCGAUCUAUUUGUAAAAUUUGUGCCAUUCUAAUGAUCGUGUCUUUUUAAAUCUCUUUUGAAAAACACAUCUAAAAUAUGCCGACUAAAAAAAAGGCGGAAAAAUUACGGCUAUCCCCAGUACUAGCAGAAACUAAAACCUGAUAGGGGUUGCAAAUGCACCAAGUGCAUUUGGUACAGUCCUCAAACAGAUUUACCUUGAGCAUAAGUUAAAUAACCCCCUUUGUUACAAAACAAGCCCUAUUUUUUGGCUUCCAGUGUUUAUCAUUUCCAUACAUCAAUCAGAUCUCCUCGAUUGCAGUACGAUUGUCAAUUUUUGAGUCUGAUGGGGCUUCGUCAUUUGUUCCAAACGUAACAUUACAUUUGGUAAGCGGCUACCGAUUGUUGGCCAACUCUACAUUGGAGACAAUUCAUGCAAUAAA